CACAGGUGGCAGGGCUGAGCCCGGGCCCCUGGGGAGCCCUGCUCCAAAACCAAGUCCAAAGCAGCCAGGCUUCACCCGGACAGCGAGUUCACCUCCCUAAAAAUUAAGCUGUUGCAUCCCACACGGCCACUGCCACCACAAGGCAAGGCUGGCCAUGGCGAGCACGGACUGUCCAGGCAAGGAAGGCGUGGGAGGCAGGAGGAGGAAUUUGGCCCUGCUGAGGAACAAGCUGUACAUGGGGGAGAGGAGGAAGACGGAGCCUGUGGUGGAGAGCACCGGCGGGGACCAUGGCACUUUGAGGAGGAGUCAGUCUGACAGGACAGAGUACAGCCAGAAAUUGCAAGAAAAAAUGGCCCCACAGGUGGGGUCCUCAACCCCUGCCACUUCGCUGCGGGAGGAUGAAGAACAAGUUAGCAGACGCAUGAUGGCCAAGAGGGUGAAAAUCAUUGCGGAACUCAUGCAGACGGAGAAAGACUAUAUCAGUGACCUGGAUCUCUGCAUCAAGGAAGUGAUUCAGCCCCUGAGAAACAAGCAGAUUGCUCGCUUUGACGUGGAUGGCUUGUUUAGCAACAUUGAAUUGGUCCAUCAAGUAUCAGCCAAACUACUGUCAUUGUUGGAAGAAGCCACGACAGAUGUGGAACCACCCAUGCAAAUAAUCGGGGAAGUGUUCUUGCAGAUUAAAGGCCCACUAGAAGACACAUAUAAAAUCUACUGCUAUCGCCACGAUGAUGCACACACCAUGCUGGAAUCCUAUGAAAAGGAUGAAGAACUGAAGCAGCAUUUAAGACACUGUGUACAGUCCUUAAAAAAGAUAUAUGAGGAAGAAGGAAAGCCAAAUCUAAUGGACAUGGGAUCCCUGAUGAUCAAACCAGUGCAACGGGUGAUGAAAUAUCCCUUGUUACUCUGUGAACUCUUGAAUUCAACUCCUGCUUGCCACCCUGACCACAAGGCGCUACAAGACGCCCUUUUGGCUAUGAAAAACAUUAAUAUGAACAUCAAUGAACUUAAAAGGAGGAAAGAUUUAGUGCUGAAGUAUAAGAGGAAUGAUGAUGAUGAAACCCUUAAAGAAAAGUUUUCCCGACUGAAUAUCCACUCCAUUAGCAAGAAAUCCAAGAGGGUCACCAGCCAUCUGAAAAUGCUGACGGGGGGAGAACCUCAGGUGAAAGAUCAAACUUUUAAUAAGGAAGAAAAGUUGUUUCGGAGUUUAGAGAAGACUGUGAAAUUGUGCGUGAAGAAUGUUUCACUCUCGUCGCAACAUCUACAGGAUUCUAUACAUCUGGCUGCACAAAAUAUAAUUGGGCUUCAGGAAAUCUUGCAAGACAAAGACAAUGAAGUCAACGAGCGUUUGAAAGAACGGAACAACACUGCAAAUCUCUGUGAAGACCUUGUAAGUAUGGCUCAGCUGGACAAGCUUGUUUUGACUCCUCUCUCAGCACUACAAGCCUUGUUUUCAGGCCCACAGAAGCUCAUCCAGAAGCGCUAUGACAAGUUGUUGGACUACAACAGCUACCUUCAGAGGUCAACAGGAGAAGAGCUGGACCUGGCAAAGAAAGACUAUGAGGCCCUAAAUGCACAGUUAGUGGAAGAACUUCAGGUAUUCAACAGAGCAGCCAAAAAGAUUGUGCUGAACUGCCUGCAUUGUUUCAUCACCCUCUUUAGGAAUAUUAUGUCUGCAGCACUUGAAUCAAAUUCUGCUGUGGUGGUGCCUGUUCCGCUGUCUUCCUCAAGCAUCUGUGAAGUGCAGAAUCAGUUGAUGGAGGAGGUUCACAAGCUGAACUUUGUAAAAGAAAACAGCAGUACAACCUUUAUUGAGAGAAAAUUGAGCUUGGAAAAAAAGAAACCUGUCCCUUCUCCACUCAAAUCCCCACGUCAAACAGAAGGCCACAGGUCUGAGCUGUUGUCUACGUACAGCACAGAAGUGCUAUACCAAGCUAAGCGCAAGUGCAAUGCCACGCAGGAAUUCGAUAUCGAUUUACAUGAAGGAGAACUGGUGGCUGUUGUGGAGCAAAAGGACCCCUUCGGAAGCACAAGCAGAUGGCUUGUUGACGCAGGAAUCCUUAAAGGGUAUGUGUAUUCCUCCUUCCUGAGGCCUUACAAUCCAGCCAAAGCACAGAAGGACAUAGCAGAAAACAGCUUCGGUGACGACGAUUUUGAUAAUAUCAGCCUCUUUGUCUCUUCACGGCCCUCCACUGACAGCAGGACAAGAAGUCCAGGCCACAAGAAGAGUGACAGCAGUUCAUCUCUUCACUUCUGCAAAAAUGCCACAAUUAGCAGCACAGGGACUGAUGCUUUUCAGGAUAUGGAUGAUCAGCAUACCUUCUAUGCUGUUUACGCAUUUCAAGCAAGAAAUGAUCAGGAACUCAGUCUUCAGGAGUACCAGAAGGUUAGGAUACUUCAGUUUUCUGACCUGAGUGGCAAUAAAGAAUGGUGGCUAGCAGAAGCAAAAGGUCAGAAAGGAUAUGUACCAUCUAAUUAUCUUGGGAAGAUGACAUAUGCUUAGGAAGAGAAAAGCCCAUUGAGCCAGUUUCUCUGAAGUGGACAGAAUAAUCAUCUAUUAUGGUUUGCAGCAAGCAAGACAAACUCAGAACUGAUUGACAGAAGCCAUGGUAUCUGGUACAGCACACAGAUGAUAUUGAGAACCUCCAUCCUCCAAAAGCCAUCACCUUGUCAAGACCUGAGGGAGGAAACAUUUAAAAGGAAGACUGAUUCUGAUUAACAUCCCGAAGAGCUUGCUUUUCCAUUACCCCAUAAUUUUCUCUUUUGCGAAAGUGUCCUAUGUCAAAAGUCAACCUAUAAGAACAAAUCACAGCUAAAAUUGUCUUCUUCUUCCAUGAUAUUUAGCAAAUAAUAUUAAUGAUUAAGAGAAUUAGCCUUGAAAAAGGACAAAUUCAGUCUUCAGGGAUGCUGUAGUUCAGGGCGAAUUGUUCCUGAAUUGCUAUCUCAGUGAACGUAGACACCUCUUAAAACUCGAGCUUUUUUGUUGUCUACUUUUAUCCUCAGCCACUUUUGUAAUGAACCUUUUUCUCAGUGGAGAUUAUUGGAGGGGGAAAAGAAAAAGGGUUUCAAUUUUUGUAGCAAACAUUUCAGCUGUGGUGGUACCAGUGGCUGGUCCCAGGGAAGAAGGUAUAUUUAGUUAAAAAUGGAAAUGGAGGGAGGUAAAGAAGGGGCACAAGAAACAUGUACUGUGAAAUAAAAGUUUCAAAAGAAUUACACAACUACUUCAUAUGGUAGGGAACAGUUUGUAGCAAUAUGAAAGCUCAGCAGGUUUGAAAUUCCACAUACAUCUCCCUACUAACUGCUUUAUAGUGCAAGAUCUGUGUGGUGAAAUGAAACCUGUGUUAAUAGACUUGGGAAAUUUAUUAAGAUUUAAAAAAAAAAGAAAAAAGUCAAGCAAUGCCUUUCAAUGAAUACUUAUAUUUACUAUUUAUCUGAUUCCUUUGGUCAGAUACAGGGAUCAUAAUGUCUAGUGAAUAAGCUAGGACUAAAGAGGCAUCAAAAUUUCUCUUCAAGAAAAAAAAAAUCAAAGUGUCUGAUGUUAGAUUGAACAGUGAAGAAUGUAUCAAUGAGCUGAUUCACUGUUUGCAGAAUUCAGAGUCAAAAGCCCUGCAUUUUGCUAAAGUAUCUUCAAAACAGUGGAGACUAUUUUAACAAGUUAAUAUAGUUCACAUUGCAUCCUCAGCGAGCACAGAAAACAAAAUCCCAAGGAAGGAUUUGAACAUCAAAUAGUACUUCUUUAGGUUCACUGACUACAGUGAUCUUUAGGUCAGGCUGCUGCCCUAUACUUGAACUAGACUAAAUAGCAAUAUAACAAUGUCUCAUUGCUAUUACCAUUGAUAACUGAGUGUUUCAUCACAAUUUAUUUCAAUACAAUGAAAUUGUAUUUAAAUGAGGACCUGCUUGUGCUAAGCAUUGCAAAAAGGAAACAAAAAAAGUGACUGUGCCUGCAGCAGAUAGUGUAAUUGAAGGUAAACUCCUGUCAGGUAUUUUUAGUGACUGACCAUUAAAAUGACACCACUCUUAAAAUUAAGAGGGGUGUGUGUUGCUGAUCAAAGGCAUACAGAAAUUGUUCUAAGCUUUUGUGUAAGUUUCUGCUUCCUAUAGUUGAAGUGUGGGGUAUGAAGAUGAAACAAUUCAAAACCCUUACUGAGAUGUAAUAGAAAAUCACCUGUCAGCAAAGAAAGGAUGAGGCAGUUAGGGCAGUCGAUGCCAACAUUAGGUUUUCCUACACUAAUGAACCUAGUUUCAUUUUCUUUAGUGUCCCAAAUUUUCAUAUUAUUUUCCUAAAAGGUAAAGAAAGUUCUCAAUCUUGCUCAGAAGAUAAAUGCAGUGGAUCACAGAGAUGAGAACCUGAAAUUUGUGCUGGAUUAAAUCAUAUGAUAGAGAAACUGUUUGAGUUCUCUGAGAUGGAGAUCCAGAAACUGGUAUGUGAAACUCUGAACUACUGCAAUCCAAUGAGCAGGAACGCAUUAUUUUGCCUAAUUGUACAUCACCUCAUGCACUUAAAUCUUGCUGUUUCUAUAGCAAGCAAAAAAGGUUCUCAUUCAAUUUAUUAAUGGAUGUAGCUGUUUUUGCUGAAAACUUUGCCUUUAGUUAAAUGAAGAAAAUAAAGCUUUGGAGAGGGAGUAUCAGCUUGGAAGAAUGGACUGAAAGACUCUCCCCUACUAAGCCUGCACUGCUUUGGCUUUUAUAUUUUUAAUAUUACGGGGAAGAUGCACGCGAGAAGCUUUUCAGUAUGUUUUACAAUUUAGAGUAUUUUAUUUGGAGAUGAUCUAUACUUUGCAAUAGUUGAAACAGCUUUAGAAAUGACUGAAUUGUACUUAAUAGGCUUAAUGCAGUCACGUAAGCACAAUGCUGAAGUUUUGAAUUUCAGACAGUGAAAUUAAUUAAGGGCAAGAGUCCAGAAAAAAAGAUUUCUGAAGUCUUAGCUCUGAGAACUCAGCUUGAGUCAUAGGGAGAGCUCUGAUUUUGAGUGUUAGGUACAUUCCCCAUGAAAAAUCAGGCUCUGUGAAGAUGUCUCAAAGUGUACUCAAAUACUGCUCUCCAAAAUAUUCACUAGGUAUCCUGAAGUAACAAGGAAUGAAGGAUGAAAUAUACUGGAGCUGGCCACCUAAAUUUCAUUGAACUUCUGGGGGACUUGGGAACUCCUAGUAGGCCAUUUGAAACCCCAGUGUAUGGUUAGGACCCAUAAUAAUUUUUAUAUUGUGGGAUAAUUUCUACAACUUUAUUACAGUCUCGUAACUUAGGAUCCAGAAAAAGUACUUUAUGAGGUACCCAGGUGGAUUGGUUUACUUCAUUUCAGAAAUUCAAAGUUUUAGCUGUUAGCAUUUGGUAUUACAGAUACAUUGCAAGUUUUUUUUUUUUUAAUUUAAAACAGAUGAAUGCAAACUAUAAUUGCAAAAGAUUAAGAGAUACUUUUUGAAUCUAAAGCCUUCCUACACUAAGGAGAUUUAGAACAAUUCAUAUUAGACUUGCUCGGACAUAGUUUUGUUAAUGUAGUGCAUUAAAUACUAGAAACUGAGCUAUGUUAGGGCUCCAGAAAUUCCUAAGAAGAUGCAAUGUUUUUUCAGCUGUUUCUUUAAUGUAGAGAAGGUUAUGGUAUUCUAAGAGUUUUCUUAUUCUGAUUAAUGACAAAACUAAUUUAUUUUGAUUGAAGCAGGGACAGGCUGCAGUUUAACGGACCAAUCCUGCAUUUAUUCAAAUGUGCAUUUUACUUACUUGUAUAUGGUUACUGUCACAACAGUUCAAAUACUUCCAAGAUUGGAUCCACUCAAAUGGAAGUGUUUCUCCAUUCAGGGAAUAUUUUUAAGUGUUGCCAUCAAUAACCUGGAACCCAGAAAAUGUCCAAGCCAACAAACAGUGCAGAGUCUCUGGCUCUGACCUCUAGCACCUGUGUACUUCACUAUCUUCCCUCUGCUUGGAUGGUGCUUGUGAACCUUCAGUAAGGAUUCACCUUUUCAGUGCAAACACAGAUUGAAGAAUUUUUCCUCCUGACUUGUCAUCUUAGGAAGCUUCACUGAGUAAUUACCUCCUUCAAACACUAAAGUAUACUUUUGCUGUUAUUUUAAGAUAGCUUGUAAAAAUGCAGAUACGUGAAGCGGACCUAACACCUGCAGUAGAGAAUGCAGCCAUGUCAAUGUCAAUCCUUGUGCCUGUCGAUCUGUUACUGAUAAUUCCUCUUACAAUAUUGUUUGUUCAGAA